CCAGACGGCCUGCAACCACAAGAGCUGCACCAAGCAACCACAACAACUAUGCCGAGGCACUGCAAACGGGCCCGGGAAGUGAUUUUGAGCCCAUAGGAUGCCGCGAAGUCCGUUAGCCAUUCUUGAAACAGCCAAGUGCCAUGAGGAUGUGUCAGCAGGGCAAGGGAGCUGGUCUGGAGCGGUGCAGAGCAGACUUUUGAGUCGACUCAACCCUCCCUUUGUUUGCGAGCAUGAGGCCCUGGAGCUGGUCUGGAGCGGAGCGGAGCAGAGCCGACUUUUGAGGCGACUCAAAGCCCUUCCCUCCCUUGGCGUGUGUGCAUGAGGCCCUGGAGCUGGUCUGGAGCGGAGCGGAACAGAGCCGACUUUUGAGGCGACUCAAAGCCCUUCCCUCCUUUGGCGUGUGUGCAUGAGGCCCUGGAGCUGGUCUGGAGCUGGUCUGGAGCUGGUCUGGAGCUGGUCUGGAGUGGGCAGAGCCCCACUCUGAACUGCUGGCUACCUGAGGUUGCAGGUGCCAGCAGCAGGAUGCUUUUGAGGCGCCUCAAAAGGUUGCAGGUGCCAGCAGCAGGAUGGGUCAGCUGGACAAGGGGACGUUUGAGGAAAGGGGAGUUGGGGGGUGUUUGGCGCGGCAAGUCAGGCUCAAUGCUGCUGAUCGUGUCUGUUGAUGAUUGAAACACCGCACUUGUGAAUGCUUCCCACCUCUUGUGUCCUUUCUUUUCCUAUCGUCUUCUCUGUAUGGAUCAUCUUACAUG